AGAAAAUUCUGUCCAAAGAGAAGCCCUAAAUCUUAAAUAACCGCGCAUAACAUGACAUUUUUCUCUUUGCGUCCGACGUCGGAUUAUCUGAUUGAUAAGAUCCACUUUCCCCCAAUCCCUCCUCCAACAACCAUCCAGGUCCCUUGUCAACAUGAGGAUCUUGCAGUUGGCUUUGUUGCCGGCGGCUCUGGCUGCGACGGUGUCUUAUGACUUUUCUAUCGAUUGGGUUCGAGCGAAUCCAGAUGGUGCGUUUGAGAGGCCCACGAUAGGGAUUAAUGGGGCGUGGCCGAUACCGAGGAUUGAGGCGAGUGUUGGGGAUACGGUUUUGGUAAAUGCGAGGAAUAAUCUGGGGAAUCAGUCGACGAGUUUGCAUUUUCAUGGGCUUUUUAUGAAUGGGUCGAAUCAUAUGGAUGGGCCGUCGCAGGUUACGCAGUGUCCCAUUCAGCCUGGGGAGUCGUUUCUCUACAACUUUACGAUUACUCAACCGGGCACAUAUUGGUAUCACUCGCAUACUGAGAGUCAAUAUCCCGAUGGUCUUCGAGGACCUCUUAUCAUUCACGAUCAAAAGUCACCUUUCAAAGGAAAAUACGAUGAAGAACUUGUCAUGACCAUCUCAGAUUGGUAUCACGAUCAGAUGCAGACGUUGAUUCCUGAGUUUAUGAGAAAAGGAAAUCCGACUGGUGCAGAGCCUGUCCCUCAAGCAGCUCUCAUGAAUGAAACUCAGGAUCUCAAAGUACCCGUUCAAACCGGCAAGACGUACUUUUUAAGGUUGGCGAAUAUUGGUGCCUUUGCGGGACAGUAUUUCUGGAUUGAGGGUCAUAACAUGACGAUAGUGGAGGUUGAUGGCGCAUACACGAAGCCGGCUCCAGCAAAUAUGGUUUAUUUGUCUGCUGGUCAACGAUGCAGUGUGUUAGUCACAACGAAGAAGGAUUCAUCUACCAACUUUCCUAUUGUUGCGAGCAUGGAUACUGAUCUCUUUGACGUCCUCCCCGAUGAUCUCAACUGGAAUGUGACAGGGUGGCUUGUAUACGAUGAAGAAAAGCCUCUGCCCAACCCAUCCGUGGUCUACGACUUUGAUCCUUACGAUGAUAUGGAUCUUGUGCCUUAUGAUGAAAUGGCUCGCCUCCCUGAGCCCAGCAGAAGUAUCGAGUUGGAUGUUAUCAUGGAUAACCUUCGAGACGGUGCAAACUACGCCUUCUUCAACAACAUCACCUACCGAGCUCCCAAGGUUCCGACACUCUACACUGCAUUGACGAGUGGAAAGCAGGCGACGAACCCUCAGAUCUAUGGAACGUAUACGCAUAGUUUUGUGUUGGAGAGGGAUGAGAUUGUGCAGUUGGUUAUUAACAAUCACGAUGAUGGACGGCAUCCGUUUCACUUGCAUGGCCAUCACUUUCAGGUGUUGUAUCGAAGUGAUGAUGACGCUGGUGACUUUGAUGGAUCGGUGGAGUUUGCGGAGACGCCGAUGAGACGAGAUACAGUUGUCGUGAACGGAAAUGGCAAUGCGGUGCUAAGGUUCAAGGCUGAUAACCCAGGUGUCUGGCUUUUCCACUGCCACAUCGAAUGGCACGUCACGUCCGGGCUGAUCGCGACAUUCGUUGAAGAUCCUCUCGCCCUACAAGCUUCCCUAAAGCUCCCCCAGGACCAUCUCGACGCAUGCAAAGCCGGCAACAUUCCCACCGUCGGUAACGCAGCAGGAAACACUGAUCUCCUCGACCUCACGGGCGAAAACGUCCCCCCACCACGUCUUCCAGAAGGCUUCACGCUCAAAGGCAUCCUCGCAUUCGCAUUCAGUACAUUCAUGGGUAUUUUCGGUAUAUACACAGUCGCUUCCUACGGGAUGAAGAAGGACGGAAAGACUCCCGAGACAGCACCUCUCCUUGCAGAAGAGGAGCCACAACAACAUUAGUCGCAGAAGAGAGCCGCAACAUUAGAUUAGACAAUAGAUCGCUACCAACGCCUCACACCCUCCGCGAUAGUUUAUUUCUGUUUAGGAGGAGCAGCUGGAUACUUUGAGACUUCCCUCAAAUGAUCUGGCGUGCCGAGUGCUUCCAUUUGUCCACCACGCUCCUUGAAUGCGACUUUGCGACCGCAGUUCUUGCAGAAAUGGCUAAUGUUUGGCGCACAGUGGCAGGCGUACGGGAAAAUAACACCAAAAAGAGUUGUGAAGAAAAGAGCGGUUGCGUAAAUACUACGUCUCAUUAGAUACCUCAUCCGUGACAAAUCGGGGGGUAAACGCACUGUGUCGCUGAAGAAGCAGACUUCUUAACCUUUGUCUCCGCGCGACGCUGACAAAACGGACAAUCCAUCAUAUCAGCCUGAUCAGCCAGCAAAUGCAACGGCGUGACAGUUUCUCCAGGAGGAACCUGCUGCUGCGCUGGGACGACCAUGGACUGAUGUCCCGCGUACUGCUGCUGCGCAAGAGCAGGGUGCUGUAGAAUCGGGGGCGAUUGUGUACCAUCCCAGUUUAGUGUACUUUCCGGCGCGGGAGAGACAGUCGAGACGGGACGAUAUUCGCUUGCGGGGGGAGGACUCAUUUGCGCUGGGCUGGUUUGAUCGGUAACGACUUCGGGGAGGUUUUCAUCGUCGACUUUGGGUUGCCUUUUGCACUGUCAGCGUCUCGUGGAAGUUUGGGGGGGGGGGGGGAGUGUAGUGUAGCGUACUCAAUUGCGAUUUUCUCGUUGCGGGGAGAUUCAGCGUUUGCAGUGUAUUUUGGAGGCGAGAUAACAUCUGCGUUUGUUGUUUCUGGCGAUACGGUCGACAUUUUGACGGAUGAGGCUGUGGUAAAUUGAGGCAGUGAAGAGUCUAAGAUGAGAUUUGGGAUUGAAUUAAAAAGAUGAGAUAGCUCGCAUUCAAAGAGUCCGAGGGAAGAUUAAACAAAAUACCUUAUGGUACGUAAGCUGGGAGACCCUGGUUCUUAGCUUGAUCCUUUGGAGGCGCUUUCGUUUCAGCUGCUGAUCCCCGCCACUUUGAUCUUUAAAUGACCGAAAAAUAUUUAAUUAGCUCUGAU